AUGCCAAUCGAAACUUGUACCAAUGAAGGAGAAGUAUGUUCAAUGAAUCGAGCAGAGGUUUGUAGCAAUGGGACAUGUGUAUCAGCAUGUUCAGUUCUAGGAAUGAAAGAAUGUUCCUGUGAUACAGAGGAAGAUAAUUAUUGUUUUUUAUGUUGUGGUAAUUCAAAAAAUCAAUGUCUUCCAGCACAUGAUUAUGGUAUAUUAAAAAGUAAUGGAGAAAGAUGGGAACGUGAAUCGUGUACUAAUUGUAGAAUUAAUAAAGGUGAGUUAGAAGGAUUACCAUGUGAUGAUAGGGAUCCUCAACGUUUAUGUUUACAAGGUAAAUGUUCCAAGUCUGUUUGUUAUGACAAAAGUCAAGGUGGAAUAUGUGAUAGAAAAAAAGAAAAAAUUUGUGUUGAUGAUAUAUGUGAAAAUCCAUGCUCAAAAAUUGAUAAACAUCUUAUGGUUUGUGAUUGUCCACUAAUUGAUCCAGAUACUGGUUUUGCCUCAGAGGAUAGAUGUCAGUUAUGUUGUUAUGAUUUUAAUACUAAACCUAGUAAUAGAAGAUGCCAAAAUGCAUAUAGAAAAUAUGGUAUAACAGAUUCUAAAAGUAGACCAAUUUGGAGAGUUGGAUUACCAUGUGCUGGGGGAAAAACAUGCAACAGAUACGGAUUAUGUUCAAAUAGUAAUAAUGUUUAUAAAAAUUACAAACCCAAACUAGCUUUUAAUGUGCUUUUUGUUAUAAGUGCACUCAUAUCUGUCAAAAUGAUAUAA